AUGCGGGAAGACGUUAUAUCGGAGCACUCACUUACCUGUCCACGAUGUGCCGAGUGCAGGAAACGGUUCAGCCAGAAAAUAUACCUCACCCUGCGCCAGAAGCUGCACGUGGGAGACAAGCCUUUCCAGCGCGAGACGUGUGGGAGGAAGUUCAUCACCAUCAAAGUCCUGCACAACCACCAGAAGAGCCACCUGGCGCCUUUUCCCUGCGCAAGUUGCAGGAAGAGCUUCCAGUCGGCCACAAGCUUGAAGAGGCACCAGUGGCUUCACGCCGGGGAGAAGCCCUUUGUGUGUGCCAAGUGUGGGAAGGGGCACGCCAGCACCUACCUGCUGAGCUACCACACGAACUGGUGCCACUUGAAAGAGCGGCCCUACCAGUGCAGCUACUGCCAGAAACGCUUCUGGCAGAAAUCGUCGCUGACCUCCCACCAAGGCGUCCACACUGGGGAGAGGCCGCACAAGUGCGCGGAGUGUGGGAAGAGCUUCCGCCGCAGCAACGCCCUGAAGAAGCACACGGACCCACACGAGGGGGAAGCCCUUUUCCUGCCCCAAGUGCAGGGGGACAUUCACCAUGGAAAGCAGCCUGAAGAGCCACGAGACGAUCCGCACGGGAGAGAAGCCAUUCACGUGCCGGUACUGUGGGAAAAAGUACCGGCAUAG